AUGGCACCCUCGUCUGCGGAGGCUGACUCGGCGAUGUCCCCCAGCGGCCGCCUCCUCGUGCUCUACGCGUCACAAACUGGGAACGCCAUGGACGCCGCAGAGGCAGAGCGUGUCGGCCGCGAGGCAGAACGUGGCGGCUGCCCGGCCGUCGACGUGCUCUCCAUGGACAGCUUCGAUCCCAGUCGCUUGCCAAGCGAGCGGUUCGUGGUCUUUGUCGUGUCCACCACGGGGCAGGGCGAUCCCCCGGAUUCCAUGAAGGGGUUUUGGAGGUACCUGCUUCGGAAGGAUCUGGACAGACAAUGGCUCGAGGGGAUCCAUCAUGCAGUGUUUGGACUCUGGGAUUCAGGCUACCAGAAGUACAACUUUGCUGCAAAGAAGCUUGAUAGAAGGCUUUUACAUCUUGGUGCAGAACCGGUUCUAGAGAUAGGUCUGGGAGAUGACCAACACCCUUCAGGAUAUGAAGGGGCUUUAGAUCCUUGGUUGCUAUCUCUGUGGAAAUCUCUGAAUGAAAUUAAUCCAUCACUCUUACCUAGAGUGUCUGAUAUCAAUGAUUCUAAUUUGAGUAUUUUGGGGGAUCCAAAAAUUCAUGUCAUUUAUUACUCUUCCAAUGAAGUUUCACAAGAUCCUAUACUUUCAGACCCCAGUAAAAUAAUAAGUAGCGCAAGAUCAAUGCCCCCUGCACUACGGUUCCACGCUGAUGGAGAGCCACCUUACAUGCUUCAAAUGGUAAAAAGCCAGCGUUUGACUAAGGAGGGUUCUGAUAGAGAUGUUCGCCACUUUGAAUUGGAAGAUCCAUCUUUGGCCAUCAACUAUAAAAUUGGUGAUGCUCUUGAAAUUCUACCAAGUCAAAAUCCAUCAGCUGUCGAUGCCUUCAUUGAAUGCUGUAACUUGGAUCCAGAUUGUUACAUAACGGUCAUGGGCUUUUUUGCAACAAGUGAACGUGAAAAGGAGAGGCUUCAGUAUUUUGCUUCUCCUGAAGGAAGAGAUCAUCUUUACCAGUACAAUCAGAAGGAGAGUAGGACUGUUCUAGAGGUGUUGGAGGAUUUUCCUUCAGUGCAUGAAUGGCUGGUGCAACUAACACCUCCACUGAAGAAAAGAGCCUUUUCCAUCUCAUCAUCCCCACUGGUACACCCAAAUCAAAUUCAUUUGACUGUUAGCAUUGUAGCAUGGGUUACUCCAUACAAGAGAACCCGGCAUGGACUCUGCUCUACAUGGCUGGCUGGGCUCAAUCCAAAUAAAGGAACAGGGCGUGCACCACUCCGUGCAUUUGUGGAGGAAAGGGCAGCACAGGCCGCAGCAGAACCAACAGCCCCGGUUCUGUUCUUCUUUGGCUGUAGAAAUCAAGAUAACGAUUUUUUAUACAAGGAUUUCUGGUUAACUCAUGCCCAGGAUGAGGGGGUGUUGUCCUCGAAAAAGGGUGGUGGUUUAUUUGUUGCUUUUCCCGGGAUCAGCCUCAAAAGGUCUAUGUGCAACAUAAGAUAA